CCAAACAACCAAUCCAAACGUAUCCCCUCUUUUUUGAUUUUACCAAUAAUCCUUACUUGGAUGAUUAAGCUUUUGAAGAGACUUGUUGCUCUGAGGUCCAAUUCCACUGACACAAAGAAGAAUUAGGGUUUUUGAAGCAUGAAGAAGCGCCAAGUGGUGGUGAAACGGGACAGUUCGGGGAGGAGCUCGAGCACUUCGUCUUCCAUGGUGAGAACUGUGAGGUAUGGUGAGUGCCAGAAGAACCAUGCUGCAAAUUUAGGAGGGUAUGCUGUGGAUGGGUGCAGAGAAUUCAUGGCAAGUGGUGAGGAGGGGACAACUGAGGCUCUUACAUGCGCUGCUUGUGGCUGCCACAGGAAUUUUCACAGAAGAGAAGUGGAAACUGAGGUUGUUUGUGAGUAUUCUCCACCCAACACUUAUCGGUAGUCAUAGUAAAAUUUGAAGGGCAUUAAUGAAAUCGUGUGUAUAGGAAGAAGGGCCUUUUAAUUUCUGAAAUUAACUGAUUGUGAAUUGUUCUCUCUACUUGUAUAUCAUUGUCAACAGAUAUGACUCUGAAGAGAUUAUCAAACUUUAAUUUGAUUGUUCAAUAGAAAACUGUUCGUCAGGUUUUGAACACUGCGAUGCCCUUGACCGCUAGCAGGCUGUACGUUGGCAGCUAGCGGUUGUUAAUUUUGGUCUGAACAAAAACAAGUUCCUAUAUAUGUUGAUAUAUUUUGUGUACAUGUUCUUGAGAGAUAUGGCCAUGGCUUCAGUUAUAUAUUAAGCUUUAUUAAUUAGUUAAGCUUAAUCUUUUUGGUUACAUUGGGAGGAAAGAAACCUUGGGGUUUCGAUUCUAGUGCCAAUUCUGGUGCCAAGCAUGGG